UCCCCCACGCCGCCCUCUGACUGACAGUGGGAGAGUCACGAUGCCCGUGGUCAUCUGCAUUAUCCUGGGGGCCCUGCUCUGCCUGGUCUUAAUCAUCCUGGGGGCACAGGUGCAAAGUGCCAGGGCACAGCGCAGAGGCUCCAGAAGAUCCUUGGACCCUUUCUCUGAGGCUGUGUAUGAGGAGAUCGAUUAUAACCUGAUGAGAAAGAAGCAGAUGUUUGGUCGCUCAGUCUCCUUUUCAGAUGAUUCAGUGUCGAAGCUGCAGUAUUACACCGGGGAUAGUGAGGGGGAAAACGAUCCUGCAUCAGAACAAGAACCCGCACCAAGCUUCAUCUCCUGCAUCUAG